AUGAUGAAUUCACCAGACCUUCGGAACCCUCCAGAAGUACAAUUUUGCUUUGAUUUGGUUAACAAUUCAUGCCCUAGAAAUGUGAGAUCUGUGCCAAGUGUCUGUGCCAUGUACGUGGUCAUGAUUGGGGCAAUAGUGAUGACCAUGCUGGGCAACAUGGUUGUGAUCAUUUCCAUCACCCACUUCAAGCAGCUCCACUCCCCAACCAACUUCCUGAUCCUCUCCAUGGCCACCACUGAUUUUUUGCUGAGCUGCGUGGUCAUGCCCUUCAGUAUGAUCAGGUCCAUCGAGUCCUGCUGGUACUUUGGAGACAUCUUUUGCAAAAUCCACAGCUGCUGUGACAUCAUGCUCUGCACCACCUCCAUCUUUCACCUCUGCUUCAUCUCAGUUGACCGCUACUAUGCUGUUUGUGACCCUUUGCAUUAUGUCACCAAAAUGACUAUCCCUGUCAUAGAGGUCUUUCUACUUCUCAGUUGGUCCAUUCCCAUCAUUUUUGCCUUUGGCCUGGUAUUCUCAGAAUUAAACAUCAUUGGUGCAGAAGAUUUUGUUGUGGCCAUUGACUGCAUGGGUUUGUGUGUGUUGAUAUUUAACAAGCUCUGGGGGUUGCUGGCCUCCUUUAUAGCAUUCUUUCUGCCUGGGACAGUGAUGGUGGGGAUUUAUAUACACAUUUACGCAGUAGCCAGGAAGCAUGCUAAGCAAAUUGGCAUUGGUCCUAGGAAGAAACUGGCUAGGCCAGAAAGCAAAAUAAAGGCAUCAUCCAAACAUGAAAGCAAGGCCACCAAGACUUUGAGCAUAGUCAUGGGGGUGUUUGUGUUGUGCUGGUUGCCCUUCUUUGUCUUGACAAUCACAGACCCCUUCAUUAAUUUUACAACUCCUGAAGAUUUGUACAAUGUCUUCCUCUGGCUGGGUUAUUUUAAUUCCACUUUUAAUCCCAUUAUAUACGGCAUGUCUUAUCCUUGGUUUCGCAAGGCAUUGUGGAUGAUUGUCACAGGAAUGAUCUUCCACCCUGACUCUUCCACCCUAAGCCUGUUUCCCUCACAUACUUAG